AUGGCUGAUUCCGCUACUGAUCGCAAGGCUCCCAGGCCAAAGGCGCGCCAGUCAAUUGCGCAUGUGCCGUCGUCCAAAAUCUCGGCCUUGAAAGACAACAUCACGACAGAUAUUGCUGCGCUACAAGCACAGAACAAUGUCGCGCAAGUGAUGAAAAAGAAGUCGCGUGGCAAGAGUCUUGGGCCAGGUGGCCUUGAGGCGUUGACAGAGUCUACGGGAAACACUACAAAGACCACAGCUCCUUUCCAGAUCAAGUCAAUCCUCAAACCUACAGUACCUCUUACACCGCCUAAAGCAAUUCCCACGUUCGACGAAUUGCGCAAGCGAAGCACAGGGAAGGGUCGAUCACCGAGCAGAAAUGGCGGCGAAGACCUCCUCAUUGAUUUCUCGACACCAGGACCUAGCACGCAAGAUGCAGUUGAAACCUCACUCACUGGCGAGGACAAGAUCGCGGAUCCUUUCAGUCCAAUUAGGCGACGCAUGCCUAGUAGAUCGGACGCUGGAAGUGCGGAUAAUCUCGAGCGACAGCAGGAGGAGGAGCUCAAACGACAGGCUGAAAAACAAGCAAUAUUAGAGCGCAGAGCUGCAAGACGGAAAUCGCUGGCAAACAGGAGAGUUUCUUUUGCCCCGGAGGCAACUUUGCAUACGUGGAGUGUUAUGGAGCUCGCAGAAGACUCUACCACAAGUUCUGCGACCAAUUCUACGAGAAGACAAUCGUCAAUGACAGCAGCUCAGUCCCCGGUCGCCUCAGCGCUGUCCCCAGAGACCGCAGCGGCGCCUUCGACCCCCAUCGAAGAACCAGAACACCAAAUAGCCGCGGAAUCGCCGGCGCAUCAGCGGGAUCUUCACCAAAAGAAGCGUCGGAGAAGAAGUUCGGGUCUUUCCGAGCCACUGUUGGACGCUUCGCAAGACGAAGUGUUCUCUUCCAGCCCCUCAGGAGACGUUAUUGCAAACAGCAGUCCGCUCCGUGUUGAGGAAGGUAUUGAGUCUUCUGAUGAGUCCGACACCGAUGGUGACACUGCCAUGAGCUUGGAUGAUGGCACUGCCCAAACCAUCGCCUCUGAAGACUCCGGGUCGAGCACACAUUCGAGCCUGGAGGAUCGUCUUCGGCAAGCUGCUAGUCAGGCUGGCACGCGCGGGAUUGACUACGAUGAACAAAGCGAUGAUCUGUCCAUGGAGCUGGCAACAGGAACAGUCACCAACGCAUUCCAGCCCUGGGCUCGGAAACGCACUGCAGACCCGGAAGGCAGCGCCGUGUUUGAUCAGGAAAAUGUCAACCCAUUCGAAGUUCCGCGCCAGGCUACCACUCUGCAGCAACCAAUAUAUCCAGAUAUCCAAGAGGACGAAGACCAGACGGAAGGAAUGACUAUGGAUGUUACGAUGGCUGUCGGGCGCAUUGUAUCGAGACAAUCUCCAAGCAAGAAAGGUGGAAAGUCACCAAUGUCUCGUCGGAGAAGCAGUGUCCGCCGCCGCCGUUCAUCUGCGGGCGAGUCAACAUGCGACGAACCCAUGGAAUUCACCAUGGUGCAAGGUGGCAUCAUCGAUGUUGAGGCUGACCGAACGACUGGCAAUACGACGAAUGUCAGAGCUGAUGAAGACAUAACUAUGGAAUUCACCACUGCUGUGGGAGGAGUUUUGGGCAAUUCAGCACGCAGAGAAUCUGGGUUGUCCGAGCAGACCGACGAGAAUGAAAGCAUGGAUAUGACAACUGCUGUGGGAGGUAUCCUGGCACCUAUCGAAGAGCAGACUGAGCCACAGACUGAUGUAGAGGACGAGCAAACAAUGGCUAUGGAGAUGACUCGGGCGGUUGGUACCAUUCUCGAUCAAACUCCGGCUGGAGCAAAGAGAGCGACCAGAAAAUCUGGGGGGGUUGCUAUAGUUGAGAACACCGUAUCGAUGACGCCAAAAGGACAGCCAGCUCAACAAACAACUCCAAAGUCAACGCCAAAGUCGCAUCAACAUAUGACUUCUGUGGCGUCAGAAACAGGUAGCCCUAGCCUUGCUCUGAAACCCCGAUUGUCAGGCAGGGCCCAGCGAAGUGCAACGAGGUCUUCGACCACGCCACAAUCAAAACCUCAGCGCAGCACACCGGUCAAGUCUACAGACAGAACUCAGCACGGCACGCCAUCAAAGCAGAUCACACCCCUCCCCGCCCGUGCAGAACCACCCAACAAGACGCCACUCUCGGCCAAUGUGACACACCGAACGGCGUCGCCUAAAAAGCUGUUCAAAGCUGAAAUCAAGGCUAGAAGUUCACCUGGCUCUGUCAAGCGAGAAGCAAAUCUCAAAGCAAAUACUUUGUUUUCGAGAGACUCGGAGACUGGCCAACAGACCCCUAGUGUCGUUCUGCAGGCCCCGAAGAUCCAGAUGAUGCGACGAAGAUCGAGCGGCAUCGGCCUUGACAAGGAGGGGAUCGGGUCUCCUCGGGUGUCUGAGAUACUCGACCGUCGUGCCAGCAUUGGCGAAAGUGUACCACAGUUCAAGCUUGGUAAUACUGAGCCGAGACGCUUACGACUGGAAGAUCCGAAGGUUCUUGGACAUGAAGUGGAGGCUGAACGAGUUGAAGAACAUCGGCGUGAAAGUGGUCGUUUCAUCAUGGAGCAGGAGGCUGAUCAGCAGCAGGAAGAGACAGCCACAUUGCAACUGAAGGGUAUGAUCGAUGCCAUGUCGCCCAAGAAGCCAAAGACCAGCAAACUCAAAGGCAGAAAGAGCCUUGCGGUUGGCGCUGCUAAGGGGCUUCUGGGCAAGAGGCCCGCAGAGCUCGAUCUGGACGAUGAGGAUGAAGCUGACUCAACUCCGAAACGCUUGAAAAUGGUCUCCCGAGAAGGCAGCCCGGUCAAGAAGGUUCACCUGCCAAAGCCGCCGAGUAAAGACGAGACUACAGGCAGACUGAAGUUUCUCCAUGAUGUGGCAAGCACUGAGGGCAUAACUCCGACACUUGCAAAUGCCUCACCCAAACGAAAAAGUGUCGCACCGAGCCCAUCUUCUGUCGGCCGCUACCGUGAUGUUGAAAUCCAUGACGAUGCACGACCGACCUCAUUCGAAGACAAGAUGGACAACGUCGUUGGUGCCAUCGAUGUUUCGACGGCUCAGAUGGAAUAUGGAGAUGAUGACAGCGAACAGGAUAAGAUCUCGCUGCAAGAGUUCUUGAAUAUGACAAAUAUUCACUUCAUCGAACUCUCGACGACCAAGAGAAGACAUACAAUGGCGCAGUCAAUGCCAUCAACAGAACCUCAAGACGGUGGUGACCACAAUAGUACCGAAGCGACGUUUGUUGCUGCCGCCACAACAUUACCUCUACUGGAAUUAUAUCAACAUGCCACGAGAGAAUUAAAGUCCUACAUCUCUACCGGUCGAAAGAUCAUUCGAACCAUUGAGGCCGAAACGUUGGCUGAACAACCACCACUCUUUCGUGAAUAUUUGGAUGCUCGACCAGAUGUGAAGUUGGUGAUGGACAACCAAUUCCGCAAUGGAAAAGCCAAUGCUCGCCUUCAAAGCAAAGAAGGAUGGUACCAAUGGCGAGCCCAGCUUGUGGAAGGUCUUAGAGCUGGUCUCGAGGGUAUCAAUCAAGGAAUGAGCACCGACUUGGCUCUUUUAGACCAGCAGCGGACGACCUUGGAUGGAGUGAUACCACAAUUGCUGCACGAGCAAUCGGAACUUGAAAGACAGAAGUUGUCCUUACAACAGAGGCUCGAAGAACUGAACAGUGUUGACCAAGAGGCCUUGAACGACUGUCGCCAUCAAUUGCGGGCUGCUAAUGACUACGGCCUCAAGAGAUCUGCUUUGCUGGAGAGUUUGCGGGAGCAAAUGAAGGGGAAGGAUGAGGCUGUCGCUGCGGCCAAGGAAAUGAAGGUCGAGAUGCUAGAGCAGAUCGCAGAGGCAGACCGCGUGAGAGAAGAGCACAAGGGAUGGCCCGCCGCUGACGUCCUGGCGUUCAAGUCGAAGGUCGAGACUAUUGAAAAGCAGACGGGCUGGCGGAUGCUCGCGGUAGAGGAGGACGCGGAUGAACCCAGCGACUGCGGUCCUGCUCUCACCAUCGUGUACAAGGAUGACCUCCGAUUGUUUUUCCACCCACAAGCUUUUCAGUGCAACACUGCCAAAGCUCCUCGACGGAGAUCAGGGAGGAAGUCGGCAUCAGUCUCUGGUCCGACAGCGCCUAUCAGUUUGACAUUUGCGCCCACAGAUGAAGACGAUCUCGAAGAACGACCACCACAGUUAUCUACUGAGAAGCGCUUCUUCCUGCAGAUGAUCAGAAGUCAACUGCAUGUCUUCGCAAUGAUGCCCAAAGGCUCCGUCGCAUCCAAAACACUUCUGUCGACUGUCUCUCAGGGUUGGGAUGUUGCAUGCAAAGUGUCUGAAGAGAUACGUCUGCUCAAUCUGGUUGGCAUUACCACGGCGUCGAUCCUAAGCGAUGAGAAAUUGUCUAUCAAGGUGGUGCUGGUUCUACCGGAUCAAGGCGGGCGCGUGGACAUUGACUUCACCGUCACAGCGACGAUUCUCAAUGAUGGUGCGAUGGUAGCUUCCACGAAUGUGACUGCCAAUGCUGUCUACGGAUCAGUAUCGGACAUUCUGAGCGGUGCCAAGUGUCGGAAAGUCCAGCACGCUCUUGGGAAGGAAGUCGAGAGUCGGACCUUAGGUGAGGGUGCAUGUGUCAGCGCCGUUCAAGGCUUUCGGGCGUGGUUCCAGCAACAGCGACAACAAAUGCAGAUGCAGACCGAGAGGUCGAAAGAGGAGAGGGCCGUCCAGAGCAAGGAAGAGGUCAAAGCUACUACUCAAGCCCCAGCUUCUGUUUCUGUUCCUGCAGUGGCAAUUGGCGACGGUGUCGUCGUGUCAAGAUAUGCUCCAACUUCAGCUUUAGGACCAGUCACGACUUCUUCGUCAGCCCCGAAGCGGUCACCGCUCGCCCCCAAGCGCAGUAAUCUGGUACAGAAGAAAGCUCUGCCCAUUCCCAAGCAGCGUCUUGAGAAGUUUACCAUGCAGACGUCGUCACAUCAGCAACACCAACAGCAAGGCGUUUCAGCCGCGGCAGCUGACAAGGAAAACUUCAACCCGGCCCUCCCGAUCUUGGCGGCGGGGAAAAUGCACGACUCGGAGGAACUGGUCAAGACGAGGCUCGACUGGGCCGAUAAAGACGCACAGAUGCAGAUGCCGAUGCAUACGCCAAUGCAGGUUCCCAAAGCGGCCAUCCCACCAGAGAUGCAGGAGGUCAUGAUGCAUACUCCGAUCAAGCGUGUUGGGGCCUUGAGAAGAAGUCCGAUCUGA